UGGGUGGUUCUAUCAUCCAAACAAGGAUCCUCCAAAGCUCAGACAGAAAAGUCAACUUGUAAAGAAGCUUGAGUCUUCUCUGCUCUCUGCGCCUCAGGGAGCCCUUUUCCUAUGGGGCUUGUUGCAGAAUGCCCCAAGCGAGGAUGGUGGCUGAGAAUUCCUCUGUGACGGAGUUCAUCCUCGCAGGCCUAACCCACCAACCGGGGCUCCAGCUGCCCCUCUUCUUCUUGUUCCUGGGCUCCUACAUGGUCACGGCGGUGGGGAACCUGGGCUUGCUCACACUGAUCGGGCUGAGCUCUCACCUGCACACCCCGAUGUACUUCUUCCUCUAUAAUCUGUCCUUCAUAGAUUUCUGCUAUUCCACCGUCAUCACUCCCAAAAUGCUGAUGAGCUUCAUCUCGGAGAAGAACGUCAUCUCCUACGCAGGGUGCAUGACUCAGCUCUUCUUCUUUCUUUUCUUUGUCGUCUCUGAGUCCUUCAUCCUGUCAGCCAUGGCAUACGACCGCUACGUCGCCAUCUGUAACCCACUGGUGUACGCAGCCACCGUGUCUCCCCGCGUCUGCUUACUUCUUUCAUCCGGUGUCUAUGUGAUGGGGUUUGCUGGGGCCAUGGCCCACACCGUGUGCAUGGCCAGACUGACCUUCUGUGCCAACAAUCUGGUUGACCACUACAUGUGUGACAUCCUCCCCCUUCUGGAGCUGUCUUGCACCAGCACCCACGUGAAUGUGCUGGUAGUUUUCGCGGUGGUGGGCAUCGACAUAGGUGUGCCCAGCCUUACCAUCUUCAUUUCUUACGCCCUCAUCCUCUCCAGCAUUCUCCAUAUUCGUUCCACCCAGGGCAGGUCCAAAGCCUUCAGCACCUGCAGCUCCCACAUGAUUGCAGUUUCUCUUUUCUUUGGGUCCGGGGCAUUCAUGUACCUCAAGCCAUCUUCUCUUUUACCUCUGAGCCAGGGGAAGGUGUCUUCCUUGUUCUACACCAUUGUGGUGCCGAUGCUCAACCCCUUAAUCUACAGCCUGAGGAAUAAGGAUGUCAAAGUUGCUCUGAAAAAAACCUUGAGCAAAAAAACAAAUUCAUUCACCUGAGAAAGGAGCAAUAGGGACUUUAGGAAAGGGACUGUUUUCCUUCCACAGAUGAUUCAGUUUCCGUUGGUUGCAUGGAAGAAGUUUCAGGGAAAAACCAAGAUGGCGGCAUAGGUAAAGACCGGAGUUUGCUGACUCGC